AUGAUCACAGGGGACCAGAACCCAGAGGAGCAGAACCCAGAGGAGCAGUUUUUCUAUGAGUUCAUAUUCAGGCUCUUCAAAGAAAAUAAGGUGGAGAUUGCAAGUGCAAUAACAAAGCCGUUCCCUUUCCUCAUGGGCCUCCGAGACCGGGGCUUCAUCCCUGAGCAGAUGUAUGAGCAUUUUCAAGAAGCUUGUGCAAAUCUGAUCCCAGUGGAAAGUGUGGUGUAUGAUGCUCUCAGUGAACUGGAGAAGAAAUUUGACAAGACAAUUCUGGAUGCCCUGUUCAGCAGAGUUAACCUGAAGGCCUAUCCUGAUUUACUUCAGAUUUGCAGAAACUUCCAAAAUGUGAUUCGUGAAAACUUCCAUUACCAAACCGUUGGUGAAGGAGAGACAAAGGAGACACUCAACUUAGAAUUAAACUGUGAACAAGUGUACUUGGAACAUUCACCUCUCCAAAUGAACAAUGUAGUAAGGUUAGAAGAUGUACCCAGCUUACUGCCAUAUGACAGACAAGGGAACAACAAUGCCUGUUGGGAGGCCUGUGAUGGAGAAGAGCCCCAGGGAGCCUCGAACUUCCCACCAAGAUGUGAGCUGGUGACCUGUUAUCCCAAAGCUCCCCAAAUGACUCACAAAGGAGAACCCAAGGAGGUGCUCAGCCAACCAGUAGAGGGAGAAGUGUCCUGUGAUCCUGAAGCUUCCCAAAUGACGAACAAAGAAGAACCAGAGGAGCUGCCUAGUCAACCACUAUGUGAUGGAGAAGGAAGCAGUACCUGUUCAGAAAUGUGUGAUGAAGAACCACCCCAGGAAUCCUUGAGCUCACUACCAAAAAGUGGAGCAGUAUCUGGCAAACUAGAAGCUCUUCAAAUGAAUACAGAAGGAGAUUCUGAAGAGCUAACUUCUAGCCCACUAUCUUAUAAUGGACAAGGAGCAGAGCUACCAACAUUUGGAAAUGAGAAGUGUUCCUGUGUUAUGUGUUUCUCAAAAGAUGUGCCAGGAGGUCCAGAAGGAAAUACUGAAAGUAAAGAAGCUAGUGACAUGAUGGAUACUGCGGAUCUUGGAAACAACUCUACUUUGGGAAAACUCAAGAGGAAAAGAAAAAAAAAGAAAGGGCAUUCCUGGACAAGAAUAAAAAUAAAACAUCAGAGAAAAACACAUCAAAAAGACAACAGCAACGCUGGUGGCCAACUGGCCUCGAGUGGAAAGAAGGUGAAAAUGCACCUGCAGGACCCUGCCAAAAUUAGGAGGAGAAAGAGAGGCAGACAGAGACUCCACUUAACACAUAAUGACAGAGCCCCACAGAAAAAAGUUAAGUCAAGAGGGCAAAGAAAGCACAGAUAUGAAAAAGUGGAUUUUCACUCUCAGAUACUUCCUGUGACCUGUGGUAAGGUGAAGGGGAUGUUACAUAAGAAGAAAUUGAAAGAAGGAGUUUGGGUGAAGUGUAUACAGAGUGAGAAUGGAGACUGGUUCACCCCCAGGGAAUUUGAAAUCAGAGGAGGCCACGAAAGAUCCAAGAACUGGAAGAUAAGUGUUCGCUGCGGUGGGAUGCCCCUACGUUGGCUGAUCGAGAAAAGAUUUCUCCAUAACCCUCCAAGGAAAUAUGGCAGAAUGAGAAAGAAAAGAGUACCGAAGUCUCACGACAAUACUUUAGAUGACCUUUGUCUGGGAAACUCAGAUGUGUGUGAGACGUGCAGGGACGGAGGAAAGCUGUUUUGCUGUGAUACUUGUUCGAGAUCUUUUCAUGAGGACUGUCACAUCCCACCUGUGGAAACUGAGAGGAACUUGUGGAGUUGCACCUUCUGCAGGAUAAAGGAGUCUUCAGGAAGCCAGCAAUGUCUUGGGGAAUCUGAGGUCCUGGCAAGGCAGAUGCAGCCCGAGGAGCAGUUGAAAUGCGAGUUCCUCCUCUUGAAGGUCUAUUGUCAUUCAGAGAGCACCUUUUUUGCGAAGAUUCCAUACUACUAUUAUAUUAAAGAGGCUUCUAAAAACCUAAAGGAACCCAUGUGGCUGGACAAGAUCAAGAAGAGGCUGAACGAGCAGGGUUACUCCCACGUGGAGGGGUUUGUGCAGGACAUGCGCCUCAUCUUUCAGAACCACAGGGCAUCUUACAAGUUCAAUGACUUUGGCCUAAUGGGACUUAGACUGGAGGACGAAUUUGAGAAGAAUUUCAAGGAAGUGUUCACUAUUCAGGAGACAAACAAGGACAGUUCACUGGAAUAG